CCAACGCGGUUAGCGAGAUUGCACCAUGCCCAAGAACAAGGGAAAGGGCGGUAAGAACCGUCGUCGUGGAAAGAACGAGAACGACAACGAGAAGCGUGAGCUCGUUUUCAAGGAGGAGGGCCAGGAGUAUGCGCAGGUCGUGAAGAUGCUCGGUAACGGCCGCCUGGAGGCGCUGUGCUUCGACGGCGAGAAGCGCCUGGCACACAUCCGUGGCAAGCUCCGCAAGAAGGUCUGGAUCAACCAGGGUGACAUCAUCCUCCUCUCGCUGCGUGACUACCAGGACGAGAAGGGCGACGUCAUCAUGAAGUACACCGCCGACGAGGCUAGAAGUCUCAAGGCCUACGGCGAGUUGCCCGAACACGCCAAGAUCAACGAGACCGACACCUACGGUCACGAGGGCUUCGAGGACAACGUCGAGUUCGACGAGGACCGCGAGAGCGAGGAGGAGAAGGAGAUCGAUGUCGACGAGCUCUAAGCUCGCCUUCUUCUCUCGUCUCCGAUGCAUUCAUUACCCCCCACUGCGCCAGGAGAGCUCCCCUGGGACUUACUCUUGUCUCUCCCCCGCCACACGUCCUUCAUGCUAUUCCUCUCGACACGUCAAACGUCCUUUUUUCCGGGAAGGAAAAUUCGCCUCGGUUCUUGGAUUCCUGUGGGAGCAAGCAUGUGCUUGCGCCGGAGGGGUUCUGUGAAACCUUGGCGGCGGUUGGCCUGGGCCUUAUCUUGUCCUACGCCAUUCGUCUUUUUCUCCCCGGGAAGGUCUCUGGAGGAUGAAUGAAGGCAGCAGCGGCGCCUUUUUUCACCCGCUUCGCUACAUGCGCUCGCCUCAAUCUUGCGUGUGGCCUU